AUGGAAGGCAUUUUUUCUGAAAAAUACCCCCUGGACAGCUGUCUCAAAAGACCCCCUGGACAACCUAUGGAAGUGAUCAGCCUGAACGCUUUACUGAGACCACUUUCCGACCACUACCGGCUUGGAUUUUUUCCCAUCAAAAUGAAUAUAUUUCUACAUUUUACGCUUAUUUUACUGUUAAAUACAGCUACUGUGCAAGCUGAUGGUGUUCUAGGUUGUGGAGGGUUUGUCAAGUCAGACGUAGACAUAAACUUUUCCCUAGUAGAGGUAAAGUUGUAUACGCCACAUUGGAGCAUCAAAUACCAGACAGAUUGUGCUCCCAACACUGGCUACUACCUGAUACCUCUAUAUGACAAGGGGGAUUUUAUCCUCAAAGUUGAACCACCACAGGGAUGGACAUUUGAGCCUGAGAGUGUGGAGCUGCAUGUUGAUGGGGAAAAGGACAAAUGUAGCCUGGGAGAAGAUAUCAACUUUGUCUUUACAGGAUUUUCUCUCGUUGGCAAGGUGAUCAGUAAAGGACAGGUAUCAGGUCCUGCUGGAGUGACAGUCAGUCUGUACAAAUCUGGAUCAAAAUAUGUUCUACAGACAGUGACCACAGCUGAGGAUGGCAGCUACCAGUUCAAGAAGAUAAUGCCAGGAAAAUACAACAUCAAAGCAACACAGGAUCAGUUUAGGUUUGAAAAGUCGGAGAUAAGUAUUGAUGUUACAUCAGAUAAUGCUGAUGCUGGCAGUAGCUUGGUUAUAGCUGGCUAUGCUGUGUCGGGCAAGGUGUUCAGUGAAGGAGAACCAGUUAUGGGUGUGAACUUUCUGCUGUAUUCUUCAAUAGUCAACCAAAAAGAUGUAUUGGACUGUGAUAAAUCAGCUGUAGCAGGUAUUGGGAAGACAGAGAAGUUAGACCCCCUGUGUCAUGUCAAGUCAGACAGCACUGGGAAGUUUACUUUCCCAUGCCUAGCAACAGGAGAUUACUUUCUGGUACCUUUUUACAAAGGAGAGCAUAUAACAUUUGAUGUAAAGCCAGAGAAACUACCAUUUCAAGUUUCCCAUGGACCAUUGAAUCUGGAGACAACAUUCCAAGUAGCUGGAUUCUCAGUGAGUGGACGUGUCCUUGAUUCAGUCAAGGGUUUAGGGAUCAGUAAAGCUGAAGUGUUACUCAAUGGUAAACCAGUGACUUCUACCGGACCUGAUGGAGUAUAUCACCUAGAGAAUAUGAAGACAGGCAUGUAUAAACUGCACGUGAAAGUUGACAAUAUCUUCUUUGAUGAACAGGAGAUAAGAAUAACUCCAAACACUCCCCAGUUACCUGAUAUAGUCCCAACAAGCUUCAAUAUCUGCGGCCGAGUGACUAUUGACAAAUUUCCAGACAGUCUGUCUCAGCAGAUCACAAAAAGGAAGUUGAUUAUUUUCCCAGAAGGCAAAGGGUCGGCUGCUGUAUCCAAGGAGACGAAUGAGGAAGGGAAAUUCUGUACUGCUGUUAAACCUGGAAAAUACAUUGUUAGAGUUCACCUGUCAGAUGCAGAAACUAAGGCAGGUUUAACAAUAGCGCCUGUAGAACAGUUGGUCACAGUGACAAGCAAGCCUGUCCUGGAUGUAACGUUCUCUCAGUUCCGAGCUAAGGUUACAGGUACCAUCACGUGUAUGGAGAAGUGUGGGCCAAUGGAAGUUUCCCUAGAUGCUGUAGGAAGAAUGGAUAAACAAAUAACCCAGACACAGACUUCUCAGAAUACAGCAACAUUCACCUUUGAUAAUGUUUUACCUGGAAAAUACAAAGCUACUAUCAUGAGAGACAGUUUAUGUUGGAAAGAAAAGACAAUAGACUUUGAAGUGGGAAGUUCUAAUGUUGACAAUCUACAGUUCUUGCAGACAGGAUAUAUUCUCAAAUGUACCAUAUCUCACCCCAUAACCCUGCAUUUUGCACAAGAGAAGAAGGAAAGCAGUGUUGGAUCAUUUGAGCUGAACAAAGGCAAGAACCGGUUCUGUCUAGCGCAGCCUGGUAUAUAUCAACUGACACCAGACUCCUGUCACAAGUUUGAGAAAGAUGUUUACACUUAUGACACCUCUAACCCUGAGACACUCACACUUACUGCGGUAUCACAUCUGGUAUAUGGAGUUGUUAAAACAGAGCAACCAGUCAAAGAUCUCAUGGUAACAAUUGUAUCGGCACUGGACCAGUCUACAACAUCUCUUGGGCCACUUACACUAGAUACUGCCACAGCAGGGAGCAAUAGGUCUAAACAGGAAGUGACUGGUCCUCAACAAUACAGAUUCUCUCACUGGACAAGCUGUCUGUCUGUCUUUUCAAUGGCAUCUGUAAAUCCUCAUAAUCGUAAAAGACCUGAUGAUGACGAUGAAGAUGAUCCUGUUGAGAAAAUGUUGAAGAAAACUGGUUGUCUUGAAUUACAUUAUGCAGUCCAAGAGUGCAUUGCUGAAACAAAAGAUUGGAGAAAGUGUCAAAAUCAAGUGGCAGACUUCAGGAAAUGCAUUGAAGCUAACAAAGAAAAGGCAAAUCCUAAGAAAUAA